UUCUCCCUCCACUUCGCUUCGUCGGGUUCGGUCGGUGCUGUCUCCGAAUCUCUCUUGUCUUUUUCUUUUUUCCCUUCGAGUUCUGUCUCUGCUUUUUCCAUGCUUCUCUACAUGUACUCGUGCUUCCAUGUUUCACUUGUAUAUGACGGAGAAGCGAAAUUGGAUGAUCAUAAGUUUUUAUGGAUCAAACUAGUGUUGGAACAUUAAGCAAAACCCAUUCUUUGCGGCGAUCAUAUGCCGCUUACUGUAUAUGCCGUCUUCUCCUUCUCGCUCUAUACUCAUCAGAGGUCUUACUGUAUCCGAAAUUUGCAAGUUUGUUCCUCAAUCUUGGAAACAGCCACCGAGACCCAUAUCAGAAAUUCCCAAAACCCACUAUGUGUCAGUUCCAGAAGCUCUUUACAAAUCAUUUAGAUAUUGCAUCGCUCAUGGUCAAUUUUAUGAAGCUUUUAGAACUUUCUCUUUACUUCGUCACCAGUCUGGUUCUCAUGACUGCGUUUUCCAUUCAGCGGCUUCCCUUUUAUCGACCUGUGUGGAUUUUAGUGAGUUCUCUUCAGGGCAGCAGAUUCAUGGUUAUUGUAUCUCGUCGGGUCUGGAGUUUGACCCUGUUUUGGUCCCAAAGCUUGUUACUUUCUACUCUGCUUUCAAUCUCCUUGAUGAAGCUCAGAUCAUUACUGAAAACUCUGACAUUUUGCAUCCUUUGCAUUGGAAUGUACUCAUUGAUUCGUACGUUAGGAACAAACGGUUUGAGGAGUCAGUUUCUGUUUACAAACGAAUGAUUAGUAAAGGAAUCCGACCAGAUGAAUUUACUUACCCGUCUGUUCUCAAGGCUUGUGGAGUACUACUGGAUAUUGCAUCUGGAAGAGUGGUUCAUGGCUCCAUUGAGGUGAGCUCUCACAGGCGCAGCUUGUUUGUCUGCAAUGCGUUGAUAUCUAUGUAUAAAAGAUUUGGUAAAGUGGACAUUGCUCGGAAAUUGUUUGACAGGAUGUCUGAAAGGGAUGCUGUCUCAUGGAAUGCAGUAAUUAACUGUUAUGCUUCUGAGGGAAAUUUGGAGGAAGCUCUUAAUCUUUUUGAUAGAAUGCAUCUAUCCGGUGUAGAAGCAACUGUUGUAACUUGGAACACAUUAGCUGGAUGUUGUUUGCAGAUAGGAAAUUAUGUUGGGGCUUUAAACUGUGUUGUUAAUAUGAGACAUUACAACGUGGCAUUAGAUUAUGUAGCUGUGAUUAAUGGUUUGAAGGCAUGCUCACACAUUGGAGGGUUAAGGUGGGGUAAAGAACUUCAUGGUCUUGCAAUCAGUAGUUGUUUCCAUAAAAUUAACAAUGUUCAGAAUUCGUUGAUCUCAUUGUACUCAAGAUGCGGUGAUCUUAGGCACGCCUUUUUAGUGUUUCAGCAGAUUGAAGCAAAUAGCUUGAGUACAUGGAAUGCCAUCAUUUCUGGUUAUGCGCAUGACAUGAGAUCGGAAGAAACCUCUUUCCUGCUCAGGAAGAUGUUGCUUUCUGGCUUUCACCCGAAUUACAUUACGCUUGCAAGCAUUCUCCCUCUUUGUGCUCGGGUGGCAAACCUGCAACACGGUAAAGAGAUUCACUGCUACAUCCUGAGGCGCCAAAGCUUCAACGACUGUUUAAUCUUGUGGAACUCCCUUGUCGAUUUGUAUGCAAAAUCCGGGGAUAUUAUAGCUGCAAAGCAAGUAUAUGAUUCAAUGAGAAAGAGGGACGAAGUGACAUACACUUCACUGAUAGAAGGAUAUGGCAUGCUGCGUAAAGGAGAAGUCGCCUUGGCAUGUUUCAAGGAGAUGAUCAGAUCCGGUAUCAAACCUGAUCAUGUAACUAUGGUUGCAGUAUUAUCAGCUUGCAGCCAUUCCAAUUUAGUGGGUCAAGGAAAAAGCUGGUUUGGGAAGAUGCAGCCUGUGUUCGGUAUACACCCACGCCUUGAACACUAUUCUUGUAUGGUUGAUCUUUAUUGCAGAGCAGGUUACCUGGCUGAAGCCAGAGAUACAUUCCGCAAAAUACCGUACGAGCCAUCUAGUGCCAUGUGUGCUACUCUACUGAAAGCGUGCCUCAUCCACGGGAACACAAACAUUGGUGAAUGGGCAGCAGAUAAGCUACUGCUGGAGAUGAAGCCAGAACACUUAGGGCACUGCAUGUUGAUUGCAGAUAUGUAUGCAGCUACUGGUUCUUGGAACAAGCUUGUAACAGUGAAGACUUUCCUGAGUGAAUUGGGUGUGCAAAAGGCUCAUGAGUUUGCUUUGAUGGAAACAGAUUCCGUGUUAGAUGGAGUGAAUAAUAAUAAGCCGAAGAUGAUCGAUUCUGCAGUUAGUCAUGAGCAAAGUUCAGAUGAAGAACGUCUUGUAGAAGUAGGAUAAAAGAAUCAAAGACUGAUAUAGUAGAAUAUUUCAUUAUUUCCUGCUUCAGGGUGGUCAAACUGGAGCAUCAGUUUGGUGAUUGUACAUAUAUAUAAUCCUAAAUUAAUACGAGCAUGUUUCAACAGAGCAAAAACAAGUUUUAUUAAUUUGCACAAUUUCUCAACGAAGGGAAUCAAGAACUAAGAUGAACCAAAGUACAAGCACUGGAGAGUGGAGUCUAU